UCCUCCUGUUCUGAGGCUUAUUCUGAAAGGACUCUCUUUUCGCUCAACCCAAAGGGAGGCUUCCCGGCGAAGCAGCAAAGGCUGCGGAUUUUGCUUUGUUUUUUUUUAAUCUGAGCUUUAUUUACCGGCGGCCGAGAUUCUCCAGCAGAUGUUAGCGCUGCAAUAAAAGGCUCCGCUCGCUUCCUGAGCCGUUUUGGCUCUGUGGGACUCGGUUUAAUUAUAUUGUGCAGAUGCUCGGAGUCUGAUGCACCGCGGGACUGAAAUGCCUCUGCAAAUCCAUUCUGGAGCUCUUCCCUGAUCUUUAUUUACGGUUUCUCUGAUCAAAAAUUAAUAUCUCUUUGGCUGGCUCCAUCCAUUCUCACGUGACCCAAGAUACACAAACAUUCAUCCCGAAGGCAGAUGAAUGGAAUGAGAUGGUUUUUUAUUUUUUAUUAUUUUUUUAGUAAUUGGCCUUCUAAAUGGCUGCAGGAGUGAAUGUGAUGCAUCAACAUUAGAGUCAAGGAAAUAAUAUUAUUACUGGAGACGCACCAACAGGCUGCAUCUCCUUUGGCAAAGAAAGGACGGUGCACAGGGAUCCAAUCGACCUAUUUGUAUUGAAUUGGGCAAGGAAUUUGGUUUUGUUAACCAAGAAGAGUGCGAGAGAGAGGAGGAUAUCGAUCACAUCCAAUUUAAAAAUAAAAAUGAUUGUAAACUACAUAUAGGAUGGAACUUACCUGUGUUUAAUAUAUAACCCUACUGGGGCAUAGAAUUUAUAUGCACAAAUUAAGCUCCAUAAUAGGCUCCAUAAUGUAAUUCUUGCUUUGAGGGUGUGCUUGCACUUUUAAUGUUACUUAGUGAUGUUAUUCUAGGUCUUCGUGCGGAAGCUUUUAAUACAACUCACUGAUAUUACCCUCAACUAUUUUAGACCAGUUAAGUCAUUCAUAUAGCUGUUUGAGUAGAAGGUUCAAUGUAUAUUGAAGACAACAAACUGAUCAAAUGCCAUAGCAUUUUUUAUUGAGAAACACCAGGAAGCAUAAAAUAAAAUAAUGUCUAUCCCGGAAACAUUUUAUUUCAAAUCAAAGAGCAUUACUGAAGGAAUUGAGAGUACAGUGGGAAAAUGUAACCUGGGGAUUAUAAAACCUUUGUUUUUUUUAAUAAUCACACCAAGAAAAUUACACAUAAACAAUGCAAUAAUUUGAAAUAAAUAUGAGUUGAAGGUGGAGAGAGAACAGGGGGUCCAUUAAAACCAAGCAAUAUGGGAGAUUCAUCAUUAUUCCUAUAGCAUUGGCGUUGGGAUAGUCAAAACAGUCUUUCCUACUAUGAUUAUUCUGGAACUAAGAAUCUUUAUUUUAUGAUUAGGGUCUUACUGGAAAGUGAGAUUCUCUGAGCGAUGCUAGGUUGCAGGUUUCAUUAUAAAACCCUACAUUGUAGAUCACUAGUGCGAAAUUUACUAAAUUCCUAUGCUUGCUAGAGGUAUUGUUGGCGAAAAUGUGAGUUUUUGUGUUUCAAAGCGUGAUCCAAACAGAACCAAGAGACAAACACUUUAAAAUACCGGCAGUUGAGAUGAUCUUUCAAGAAAGAAGGUUUAGAUCUCGGCCUAAAAUACAGUUGCAUUUAACUGUGCCUCCGAAAGACUAUACAACGCCAUAUCAGUACCCAAGUCUAGACUAUUGGUUGUGUUUACUGAUAGUUUCUUCUUGCAUCUUACCUUGGUGCCACCAGUGAGGCUAUUUUAUUGUUUCAAUGAGGUUUAAGUCAGCUUCUGCAAUCGCAUCUCAGGACUUUUUCAGAGGAAAAAUGUGAUAUGUGGAAUUGAUAUCCCGAGUUCACUAUUUCUUUAGUCCCCUUGGAUAAGAGUAUCCACCGGCCUUAUAAACAAAGGAAAGGCAACAAAGGAGAGAUGCUUCUGUUGACGCCCAGAAUGGAAAACACUUCUGCCUCUAGUCAAGAAAACUAUUAUUGUUGUUGCCAUUAUUUUUAUAUGCCUUUGGACAGCUCCAUUUGGACAAGGCCUUCUCUCUGUCUUUUCCGAGGUAUAGUUAUGGGGUAGGGGGCAAAAUUCAGAUCUUGCCUUCCAAAUAAGAAUGAAGGACUCCAAUGAUAUUACCCUCCAACCCUCAGAUUUCUAGCUUUGCAAAGAGUGGAUGAAAGUAGUCCACACCUAGAUAUAUACCGUGUUCCCAUUUCCUUGCUUUCUCAUUUUCUUGGGAUGCUCAAAAUCUAUUUCCUAAUGUCCGACUGGCUUUUUUGAGUGUCUUGCAAUGAUAGACAUUUGGGAACUGAUAGGGGAGUAUCAUUGAGGGCCCCAUUUAUCCUCUCCCCCUUCUCUCUGCCUCCAGUCUCCUCUCUGAACCCCUUUCCCAUGCCUUUACCAGAACUGCACCCUCGCCAACCAAGGGUCGGUGCGAAAUAUCCCCAAGGCACAACUUUGAACGGGUGAGAAGAACCUCUUUGUACACACAGGAUACCAAAUUCUAUCAUUUAGAGGGAGAAUUUCCGGGGGCAAUUCCAUUGUCUCUCUUCCCGUUUAUGAUGUGCAAUAUAAGCAGGGCAGUAAAAGCUGUCUUUUCCCGAAAACUCCCUCCUCGUCUGAAGGACGGAAACUCGUUUUAUGAUCCGUUUCAAGGCAGGAUCCGGACGUAACCUCCUCAAUGGGAUCUGGGCUCCUUAUUGCAGGGCUGAGCGUUUACAAAGGCAGGAGCCGGGAUGUGUGUGGGGGGGGGGGACCCCAUAUCCUGGUCAAAACAACCCCAAAAAAGGUGUUGAGGAAAAGAAAACGAAAACGAGGGAAAGAAACGGGUCCAAAAUGCAUCCCAAGGCCCUUUUAUUCCCCACUGAAAGAAUUCCAGUUUUUAUGAAAACAGGUGCUGAAAGUCCCUUGGUUUUAUUGUUACUUUCCACCUCAUUGUGUGUGUAUACCUCAUUAUCUAUUAAAACUUGUGUGUCUAUGUAAGUACAUUAAAUCAAGGGUAAUGUUCUGAUGAGAGAAAAAUGCAUGCACAUACCAAACCAGUUGCAAAAUAAGAGGAAUAAUAAUAAUAUAUUGUAUAUGUAUUUUUCCAUGGCUAUGUAUAUGUGUGAGGCUAUGUAUAUGAAUUCAAGGGUAGUGUUCUGAUAAUGGAAAUUUACUUACAAAGCAAACCGGUUGUCAAAUAAGAAGAAUAAUAAUCUCCUGUUGUGUGUGUAUGUUUGGGUGUGUAUAUUAUAUGCCUCUCCAUGUCUAUAUACAUUCACAUGAAAUCAAGGGUAGUGUUCUGAAAAUGGAAAAUCCAUGUACAAAGCAAACCAGUUGCCAAAUAAGAGGAAUAAUAAUCUCCUAUUGUGUGUGUGUUUGGGUGUAUGUUUAUAUUCCUUUCCAUGUUUAUGUACAUUCACAUGAAAUCAAGGAUAGUGUUCUGAUAAUGGAAAAUUCACCUACAAAGCAAACUAAUUGCCAAAUAAGAGGAAUAAUAAUCUCCCAUUGAGUGUAUGUGUUUGGGUGUGUGUAUAUUAUAUGCCUCUCCAUGUCUAUGUACAUUCACAUGAAAUCAAGGGUAGUGUUCUCAGGGGUGAAAAUGUCAUGCAAGAGGAAAGAAACUGCAACAUAAGGGGCGAAAUAAUCACUCCCUCCAUUGUAUAUGUGUAUAUAUACAUCCAUGUCUACUGAUACACAUGUAAUCCAGCCUCAUGUUCUGAGGGAUGAGAUAUUCCUGCUCAAGGAAAACCAGCUGCAAAAGAAAAGGAAUAAUAACACUGGCUCACACACAUUUUGCUGCCUCAAAUGUUAGCACUGUUUCCGAGACUAUUUGACGUGCUGAUUCCAAAAAUGGCACUGAUUUCCCCCUAUGAGAUACAGAACAUAUGCCAUAUACCAGUCUUCAUUUGCUCACCCAUAGGAAAUCAUGAUAACCAUAUCCAAGAAACUAGACUGCGAUUUUCUGAACCAAUGCCUCAAAUAACCCCAGAAACAGACAAAAAGAAAACCCAACCAAGAACAUUUUAUGUUGUGCUGUGUAAUCCCUCCCCCACUGUAUAUGCAUACCUCUAUGUGUGUGUAUAUGCGUGUGCUUCUCUGUACAUCUGCAUGACAUCAAGAGGAGUGUUCUGGGGGGUCAAAAUGCACGCAUGUGGAAAGAUCUUGCAAGGCAAGGCAAACCAGCUGCAGAAUAAGAGGCAUGGUAACAACCACGGGGAUCUCUUGAUCUAAUCCUUCUUGGAAGGAGAGGAUCUGGAGGAAUGAGACAUGCGUUCUCGCCCUUUUGUGAGGAGAGGCGCUGAAAGAUGUCUGUCUUAACACUCCUCUCUCAGAACUUUCUUCUCUUUCUUGUGUUUUGUUUUUUAAAAACAGCAGAGCAAUUAUCAACACAAGGAGACUGAUGAAAGAGCAUUUCUUUCCUAAGCCUUCACUCACCCCGCCUGGCACGCCAAUCUCCCAAUAAAUCUAAGAACAAAUUUGCAAGCCGCUUAUAUAAGCAACCACUCCAUCCAUAGAUAUGUAUAGAUCUACAUGAAACGACUUUUUAAUAGGCAUGCAUGUUGUUGGCGGGCUUCCUCCAGGAAAAACCAACCCACGCAGGGUUUGCAGAGUGUUUCCCACUUCAUUGCAGCCUAGAAGUAGACCAAGAGAGAGAGAAAAGGCAAGUAUGUGCUGGUGGCAUGGGUUCUUGUGUGGACUUCGCGUGUUUACACUCACACAUGUAUCAAGGGGGGAGGCAAAAUAACGCGGAACUGCAGCCCCCAUCUUCCACAGGGGUCUGGAUUGUGAAAUGCCAAUAAUAUAGGUCUUAUUGUUAUUGCUGUUAUUGAGGAUGCCUGCCAUAGAUGUAGGUGAAACGUCAGGAGAGAAUGCUCCUGGAAUAUGGCCAUACAGCCCGGAAACUCAUAGCAACCCAGUCAUACCGGCCAUGAAAGCCUUAGACAACACAUUGCUGUUGUUGUUAAAAUUAUGUGUUCAUUGCUGGGUUAUUUUUUAUGGAAGGGUUUUAUAGCCAAAUGUCUGUUGUAGCUUAGCUUGGCCAUUCCCUCCCCCUCCCAAUCCCAUCUCCAGACUAUAGAAUAGCCAAUAAUAAUAAUACCACAUAUGUGGGGCUGAUGGGGUAAUUUGCAGGGGUGAUAAGGAAAUAUGAUGUAUACAUUCAGUUUUAUCAUGUUUAUUUACUGUAUCGUUUUGUCUUAUUUUAACUUACUACAUAGAGUGUAAUCAAGUCUUAUCAAGCCUUAUUGUUUGGUUUGGUAUUGAGGUGUGGCCUAAGACAUUUAUUAUUAUUAUUAUUAUUAUUAUUAUUAUUAUUAUUAUUAAAAUGUCUCAAGACAUGGAAAAUCAGAGUAGAGUGGUGAGGGGACUUCUCCCUGCUCAGAACUAUACAGAAAGUACCUAAUUCUACUUUCUGUACAGUUCUGAGUGGGGAGACGUUCUCUACCCACUAAGAAAAUAGCAAACAUAAAAUAAUAUUAAAAGGAGGGGUUAAAGAAGAGGACAAAAAUCAAGGUUUCAAUGUGUUGUGGCAGGCUUUCAUGGCCGGAAUCACUGGGUUGCUGUGAGUUUUCCGAGCUAUAUGGCUAUGUUCUAGAAGCAUUAUCUUCUGAAGUUUUGCCCAUAGCUAUGGCAGGCAUCCUCAGAGGUUGUGAGGUAUGCUGGAAACUAGGCAAGGGAAGUUUAUAUAUCUGUGGAAGGUACAAGGUGGGAGAGAGAACUCUUGUCUGUUGGAGGCAAGUGUGAAUGUUGCAUGCAAAUCUACUUUCUGUACAAUUCUGAAUGGGGAGAAGUCCCCUACCCACUAAGAAAAUAGCAAACAUUUAAUAGUAUUAAAAGGAGGGAUUACAGAAGAGAACAAAAAUCUAGGUUUCAGUUUCGAAGUCCUGGUUUUUGAAGUUUAUUAGGGGAGCCCAAGCAAAUAGAACUGGGGAGGGGAAAUGGAGAAAAAAUGGUAAAAAUAUAUAAAAGAAAGGUGUUGUUGAAGGCUUUCACAGCCGGAAUCACUGGGUUGCUGUGAGUUUUCCCUUGUGUAUGACCAUAUUCCAGGAGCAUUCCCUCCUGACGUUUUACCCACAUCUAUGGCAGGCAUCCUCAGAGGUUUUGAGGUAUAUUGGAAGCUAGGCAAGGGAAGUUUAUAUAUUUGUGGAAGGUCCAAGAUGGGAGAAAGAACUCUUAUCUGUUGGAGGCAAGUGUGAAUGUUGCAAUUGGACUUUCUGUACAAUUCUGAAUGGGGAGAAGUGCCAUACCCACUAAGAAAAUAGCAAAAAUAAAAUAGUAAUAAAAGGAGGGGCUGAAGAAGACGACAAAAAUCAAGGUUAGAGUUUCCAAGGUGUUGUCGAAGGCUUUCACAGCAAGAAUCACCGGGUUGCUGUGAGUUUUCCGGGCUGUAUGGCCAUGUUCCAGAAGCAAAUGUCAGAAGAAGACGCAUAUGGAACAUGGCUAUACAAUCAGGAAAACUCACAACAACCCAAAAAAGGGAAGGGUGAAAGGACACAAAUCCAAGUUUCUAAGCGCGGGUUUUGAGUUUCCUAGGGGAGAGCCUUCCUCCCCUCCUCCGCGCGGGUGGGCGCUUGACGCGGGUUGAGACCCCUUCCUUGCCUUUGAAUUUGCGACUCCCCUUCGAGGUCCACGCGAGGUCCUCUCCCUCUCUCUCCCUCUCUCUCUCCCACCUGUGAUGCGGGGCGGAGAUUGGAGGACGGGGUCAUAUGACGCGUCACGUGGUGGCGGCGGCUCCUUCCACCCCCACCCUCCCCCACAAGAAAAUGGGGUUUGGUGUAAAUCUGGGGGUGUAAUGUUAUCAUAUAUCACGCUACCUCGUAAAACCGACACCGAAGCCUACCGGACCACAAAUCACCACCGGCGGAAAAUUAUGAGCUCUUCGUAUUAUGUGAACGCGCUUUUUAGCAAGUACACGGCGGCGGGGGCGGCUUCGUUGUUCCCCAAUGCGGCGGAGCCCACGGCUUGCUCCUUCGCCACCGGCUCGGCCCGCAGCGGCGGCGGCUAUGGGGCCGGGCCGGGCGCCUUCGCCUCCUCCAUGCCGGCCUUGUACAACGUCAACAGCAGCCUCUACGCCAGCCCCUUCUCCUCCGCCUCCGCCUCCUCCGCCGCCGGGUACAGCCUGGGCUCCGACGCCUACAACCUGCCCAGCUGCGCCGCCGCCGCCGCCUUCGACCACAGCCUCCCCGUCCUCUGCAGCAGCAGCGGCGACCUCGGCCCCAAGGGCUGCGAGAAAGCCGAGGGUGGCCACCUGCACGGCCAGGCCGAGAGCAAUUUCCGCAUCUACCCCUGGAUGAGGUCUUCAGGUCCGGAUCGGAAGCGAGGCCGCCAGACUUACACCCGCUACCAAACCCUGGAGCUGGAGAAGGAGUUCCACUUCAACCGCUACCUGACCCGCCGGCGCCGGAUAGAGAUCGCCCACGCUCUGUGCUUGACGGAGAGGCAGAUCAAGAUCUGGUUCCAAAACCGGCGCAUGAAGUGGAAGAAGGAGCAUAAAGAGGAAGCCCCCGGAGAGGGAGGAGAAGGUGGAGGGGCCCCUGUUGCCCCUAAAGACAGCACACCCUCCGCAGCCUCCGUGGAGAAAGUCGAGGAGGAGGAAGAGGAGGAAGAGGAGGAGGAGGAAGAGGAGGAGGCAUAACCCGUUGGGGUGUCCUUCUCCCAGGAGCAGCCGGUUCUCUGGUUCUCCGCUCUCCUGUAUGCACGUGACAGUUGUAAAAUCCCCCUGAAACGAACCAUGAAAAAUACAAGAGACCCUUCUAAUGGCCAUAUAAGGAGGCGGGAGUGGGGGGUGGCUGGAGAGUCUUUUUAAUCCCCCUUUCCCCUUUCAUCCUAGGCUGAAGUAGGUUCUCCAUGGACUGCUAUGCUGUCACUGUUUUUUUCCCCUUCUUCUUGUGACUGGAUCGCUCGAUAAGAUUUUUACUGAUAUUUGUGACAGGAAAUAUAUAUAUAAAUAUAUGUAUAUAUAAAAGAGAGGUCCUUACUUGCACAGAAAGGGGUGGGGGUGGGGAGAGAAGUCCCACAUAAUGUAUCUUAUCCUUCCAGAUAGAAACUACCUGACUAUACAUUAGUCCCAAUCAAUCCCGAAGGGAGAAGUGCAUUAGGUUCAUACUCAAACUACCUAAUUCGAGGCUGUAUUUCCAGCUCCUGUGUUGUUGCUAUUUUUUUUUCUGUGUGUUUAUUCAAAUAACCUGGAAAAGGGGUAGCGGGAGAAAUACUUGAGAGAAAAAAGUGAAUAAACCACUAGACUACAAUGUUUCCUACUACCUAUGUUCAAGACUACCUAUUCUCGAGCUCCGCCUACCUAUCUCCCAUACGAUGCUGUAUUUUAUUAAUGCGGGAGGGGGGUUCAGGGAGGGUUGGGAAGGGAAGAUGACAGGGAAGUGGCUUGUUUGUAGAACUGAAUAGUAGAGAAGGAGGCUUCCAAGGAAGUGGCCAGGCCUCCCUAGUUCGAAUAUAGUAUUUCACGUGGAGUAUUAUUGCUAGGUCUAAUUUAAAAGUUUCUUUUUAAAAAUAAAAUAAAAUAAAAUAAAAUAAUAUAUUUAUUCCAUGCUAAGCGAGAAGCGGUCCUCACAAGUCUGCGCUAGUCCGCAUUUUCGCAUUGCAGUGAUUGUACAAAGCGGCUCCAUCUUUUCUUUUGCCAUUGACGUCCUUGAUGGCCAAAUUGAUAUUUCAUUUUUGAGUCUUUAAUUCCAUGUAAGUAAUAACAGGAGGAACAAGAAAAGGGAGCAUUUCUGUAGGUGGCUGUGUAUGUACCCUCAUCCUUUCCUUGCUCCUAUUGUUUUCAGAAUGCAUUAGAUAGGAAAACGCAGCUACAGUUAGUUAACGUCGUUUAAUUACUACAUCUUGCUCACCAGAAGGAAACUUUUGCCUCUUGUUGUCUGGCAACGCAUUUUAUAAUAUACUAUAUUCCUUAUCAGUUGAAAUAGUCUACCCGCCAACCAGGGAAGUUCAUAUAAUACACUAUAUUCCUAAUGGAUGAAAUAGUCUACUCUCCAACCAGGAAAGUACACGCUUUUAAGGGGCCACAAGACUCCUUUGCUGUUUGUGCUUCAAGUUGCAGCAUGAGGCAAUAUUUUUUGGGAAGAGGUCUGUUUUUUUUUUUAAACUGUUUGGAAAAAAUAAAGAUAACACUUCUGUAGAAAUCAAUCCCACUUUUACAAUUUGAGCUAUGCUUUAUUCAUGAAUUGUACAACAUGGGUCUGAUUUUCCGUUGUGUUCAUUGUGAACAUUGGGGUAUUUCGUGUGAAAAUGAGGGGAGGAGGGUGCGGUCAAUGUGUUCUAUGUUAUUCAGAAAUAAAAAAAAAUACUUGUUGACAAUGAAUCCUCUUGUGUGUGUGUUUGGACUCAAAAGAUAUACAUAAACAACCAAAUGCUAAGUUCUCAGCACAGAAAUAAAAAUACUUGUUGACAAUUGA